CCUACCCAGUCGCACCUGGGCAGUCGGCUGCCCCUCCUCCCUGGGUUGAGGAAGCAGGAAAGGGUGGUGAGGAGAGGCAGCAGGCAGGUCCGGCAGGCAGCGGUGGUCAGGGCCAGGCACGAUGGGCUCUGUCUGGGGCCUGGCUGUGCCCCUCCUUGUCUUUUGCUGGAAGGUUGGCAUCAGUGUGAGCUCUCCAGGUCUCGAUGUUAGCAGAUCAGUUCCUUUGGUGACAACCAACAACAUGGAAGUGUCCACCUUCACUCAAAGGGACAGGCCCAGCUCAGAGAAAGCCUUCCAGACCACCAACCUGAUUCAGUAUGUUCCUCUAGACACGCAAACUCUCAACACUGAAACUGCUUCCAAUGCCUUAAGCGCAACCAGUAUCAGUUCAGAGGUCAAUUCCAGGGACACUCAGACCACCUCUUUUGUAACAAAGACCAGGAAGACACAUACUACCACUCCUGCAGCAUCAUCCCUAGAGACCCAGACCACCUCUCCUAAUUUGUCAACCCUAAAUAUUCAGAUUACCUCCCCAACAGCAUCGCACCUGGAUGCCCAGACCACUUUUCCUGUAUCAUUAUCCCUGAGUACCCAAACCACUUCCCCUACACCAUCAUUCCUGGAUACCCAAACCACUUCCCCUGCACCAUCAUCUCUGACCACUUCCCCUGCACCAUCAUCUCUGACCACUUCCCCUGCACCAUCAUCUCUGACCACUUCCCCUACUCCAUCAUCUCUGACCACAUCCCCUGCACCAUCAUCCCUGGAUACCCAGACCAUCUCGCCUAUUGAAUUGACCAUGAAGACCCAAACCAUUUCCACUGUAAUGGAGACCAGAACUGUUUCAAUAAGAAUACCUUCCGACUUCAUGGUUGUGCACACCAUCCCUACAGAGACAUUGGCACCAAGCAACAGCCCCAGAACUGGGAUGAGCACUGUCCAAACCGGCACAGUGUGGGACCCCAUAGAAGCCGUCUUUGACACCCUUUGUACCGAUGACAGCUCUGAAGAGGCAAGGAAGAUCACAGUUGACCUCCUGACGUUGGCACACACCUCCACGGAAGUGGAGCACCUGUCUUCAGAGAGCAGCUCUUCCUCUGACAGUUCAGCUGGGGUCCUCAGCAGCUCACGAGUCCUGGGACCCGACAGUGCAACUCCAGCCAAGGGUUUGGUUGCCUUCAACAUCACUCAUAUUAAACUCACCACCUGCAUCACAGAAAUAGAAACAACCAUCACCAUCUCUGGGGCCCCAGGCGAGAGCCUCAGCCCUACAGAAGUGACGGCAGCCUUGUUCACUUCUGAGAUAUUAACUUUGCCUCCACCCACUGAGGGAAAACCAAUUUUCCCCGAGACCACAAGCUCAUCUGGGAUCCUGUCAACUGCCAGCACCCCGGUCCUUGCCACCACCCUUGAGGGGACAGUCUCCACUAGUGCAAUCACAGAAAGCGAAACAGCAGUGGCCCAGACUCUUACCUCUGUUGGAACUUCGGUUACAGUUAGAAGGAACCAACUGGAAAACACUUCAACACUCUCUAUUGAGACACAAAGCCACACUGAGGUCUUGGGCACCAUCACAGUCCCCAUGGUUGCUGGAUCAACAAUGGGAGAAGCAGCCUCCUUCGUGAGUUUCACGGCUCUGGACAGCAGCAGUCUCUCAGUGGUGGUUACCACCGAGAGCUCUGCUACCUCAGAGACUUUAACCACAGGCAAUACAACCAACAGCUCCUUCCUCACAGAGAGCCGCCCUCCUUUUCCUAUCUAUUCAACUACAGCUAGCACCAGCAAAACCCCAAACAUCACCUUAGCCAAGACCACAGCCUCACCAAAGCCCCCGAUGCAUCCUACAACAUCUGCAUCCUCUGCUUGGAUUAGGAAAACCACAAAACAUGAUCCAGGUGAAGAUGGAGGCUUCCUCCUUGUACGGCUGACCGUGGUCUCCCCUAAGGACCUCACUGAGCACAACGCCAGAGAGAAGCUGAUGAACCAGCUCCGCCGUGAACUGCACGCCCGUAUGCCACUUGUCCACAUGUCCUUACUGAGCAUCAGGAGGGGUUGAGGAAUGCUAGCUGCAACCAGGCAUGGCCUCUGUGCCAGAAGAAUGGUGAUGCCACCGAGGCCCAGACGCUACCAACAGACCACAGCCACGGUUCUGUGCUAUGGACUCCAAAGGUUCUCAUGAAGGCCAGCUGGCUCGAGAGCCCUCCCCCAUACCUGACCACAAGACCUUGGUCCACUUAUGCCUGAGUGUAUGUGCAAGGGGAGGGGCUGACCUCUUUUCAGAGAUGUCCCUUGCAUCCUCUGCCUGGUUAUUGUAUUUCAGUAAAGGGAGA